GUAUCGAGAGCCGACUUGAUGAAGAACACAUAGACAAUCCCCUUACAAGCCCAAUCUAUUGCUCACAUCUACUUGAAUUGCCCGAUCACAAUCAUGCAAGAAGAGGACAAAGCGCCCUUCUAUCCGAUCGGACACGAAGCCUUUCAGAGCGUCGAAUAUCCAGGACCCAUCGGACCCUCCUCAGCUUCCCUAGACAAGGCCUUACGUGGUCUCGGUAGACCUGAAGAUUGGAACAGCGUCUUCAAUAAGAGCAGGUCCAACUUGGAGCUCCGAUUCAGGCCUGACGAUCAUUUCGCGCAUCCUGUAGCUGGGGAUAGGACAACGACGCAUCGGGUAUUGCUCAAGGUUACGCGACGUAGGCGUCGUCGGUCGAACCAAGCUGGAGAAGAUGAUGUGCACUCCGAAGGAGGAAUCUAUAAGAUUGAGUUACCUGGGACGAUCAAGCAGACUGUUCGAUACCGAGCCAUGGCCGACUAUCAAUACAAGCCAUCUCCUGAAUCUAGGACUGUCAGGCUAAUCGACGGUCUCAUGAAAGCUGACUAUGAGACGCUGUCCACCUUCGAAUUCGCACCCCUCGAUGAAGAAUACGACGAACCUCUUCCUACGGGUCACCCAAUCGGACUGGACGACGACCCUGCUCACAACGGUGAUGCUGUUGUCGGUAAUGGUGGUCAGGAUAAAAACAAGCAAGGGCAGAUGGAUUGGGAUGGCAAGAUCACGCGACGUAGCCGACUACAUGCCCUACCUCCUCCGCAGUUCAGUACACAGUCUAUUCCCGCUAGAUUCGCGUUCGAGCACGGUCCCAUGUCCAAGUUGGAACCGUAUACCAACCCGAUCAAGGGGGACGAAGGCUUCCGAUACGUCAACCGGCACAAGAACGUCGUCCACAAUUUCAGGCAGAUUCGGCAUGCAGAUCAAGGUAUCCCUCAAGAACCUGCUGCGGACAUCAAGACCGCACUGAAACAGCCCCAUACGAACGCAGCGGUACUCGACACUGUUAAAAAGCAUUUCCAAGAAAGGCCGGUCUGGUCGAGGUUGGCAAUCCAUAAUCAGUUUGACGCAGAGAUUCGUCGACUCUUCCAAUCGAAACACGCAUACCUACCCGCUGUGGCGUACGUCAUCGUCGAUGGACCGUUUAGGGACAAUCUCGUUCGACUGGGAUUCGACCCUCGUACAGAUCGGAGCACGUACAAGUAUCAACGAAUGUACUUCCGUAUCAUGCGAGAAGAUGGAGGUGCAAGGAUGUCAAUGAACAAGAUCCAGGAGAGCAACGGCGAGCUCCAAGCCCCGAGGACUACCGCUUGGCAAGCCGACCGGAUGAAGCAGCUGUACGGUCAAGACUUUGAACCGGAUGUGACGAAAUCGCACUUGUUUGACGGAAAAGUGUUGCACCGAGAUGUAGGAAAUUUCCAACUCUGCGACAUCAGUGAGCCUCUGCUUGAGAGCAUGAUCCAUAACCCGAGAGCCCUGUCAGAUAGACUAGAUGACGCCACCGGAUGGUACAAGCCGCGACAAUUUCAUGCGAUCAAGGCGAUGUUGCGUCUCAAGUGGCAAGCACUCAUCGACGGCAAAGAAUGCGACGCCGAAAAGAUCGAAGAGCUGGUCGCCCAAUUCAAUGACUUUGACAACAAUAGUCUCCCUCACGGUUGCGAGAACGAUGAUGGGGGCUCGAUUUUGCCCUUGUCAGCGAAUACAGCGCCGAAGAAAAGGACUAGAAAGAGUAGAGCGAAACAAUCGGCACUGGACGAGCAAGGCUUGGCUGCAGGUUCCCGGACGUAUCGUGGACCACUCUCGGAUGCCGCGCAACAGGAACAACGUUUGCGGGGGGCCAAUUUGCGAGAAUCUCGAAUGGCAAACGUCACGAUGGGUCGAGAGCCAGAGUCGGAGCUUGGAUAUGCGACUUCCAACAUGGGAGACAUGGGAGACAUGGAAGACGAAUGAAGCGGGU